GUUACACACAAUGGAAUCGGACAUGAAUGGCUCCAUCGAUCUCAACAAGCUCGCAGAUUCAAACCCUCCAAUUCCCUCCAUUCAUAGCUCACCAUCUUUGUCCCCUUCGAGGUUGAUCUUCUUCCCCAACACCGAUGUCUUCGGCGAGCUCACCACCGAUCAGUUCAAUGCUCUCAUCCUCCAAUUUCUUCUGGAAAAAGGUUUCAAGCGCACUGCUGCUGAAUUUAAAAAUGAGGCAGAGAUUGAGAAUAUUUCUAUUGAUGAAAAUACAAUAAACAAGGCCCCUCUUCCGUCAUUGGUGCAUAAAGGUCUUCGAUAUACACAACUAGAGGCAAAUAUGCACUCUACUGAUGCUAGUCUUCUUAUGUCGCGCGAUCGCCUUGAACCUCUGGAUAUUAUCACAAACAGUGUGCAUGAUUUGUCAAAAAUCAUAAAAGACAGAAAAGAAAAUGCCAUGAGGAAGGGAAAAAGCAUUGAGUAUGACGUAUCUAACCAAGAGCAGCAAGACAACAGACAGGAAAGAAAUAUUGAUGUUCAUGGAGGAUCUCGACUAAUGGCCUGCACCCCUAGUUUGCCACCAGUGACUCGUCAAGUUUCUGACCCAGAUGUAUUUCUUUUGAAAGGAAAUAGUUCAGAGAUUUCUGUCUGUGCUUGGAGUCCAACAGAUGCUCUUCUGGCAGUUGGGUUUUCACAUUCAGCAGCUCUGAUAUGGAAAAUUGCAGAUGACCUCUCCAGUGUUUGUGGUUCAGGACAAAAGGUUUAUUUCCUUAUUCAUGCUGAUGCACAAACCAAUGAGCAAAAUUUGCAUGUUGGUACACUUGCUUGGAAUGGAGAAGGGAAGCUACUUGCAACAGGAUCAUUUAGUGGACUGGUUUGUAUCUGGAGUAAGAAUGGUGAAUUAAGGAUGAGACUGGGAAGUCAUAGAGCUGCUAUAUUCUUUAUAGAAUGGAACAGUAAAGGUGAUAAUCUCCUUACUGUUGGUUGUGACAACAGAAUUCUUGUUUGGGACACCAAUGCAUGGGAGCCUAAGCAUGAUAUUACAUGUCAUUCUGAACAAUUGCUUGAUGUUGCAUGGGGGAACGAUACUUCUUUUGCAACAAUCUCAAAGGAGAACAUUUAUGUUUUCAAUGUUGGAGAGCCUCAGCCAAUCAAAACUUUUUCUGGAUAUCAGGAGGAGAUUGGUGGUAUUCAUUGGAAUCCUACUGGGAGCUUAUUGGCUUCAUAUGGUGGUGCCAAUGCGAUAAAGAUUUGGACCCUGGAGCAGGAUGAAUGUCUACACAAUCUGAUGCACAGCAUGAAGGUAUACAGUAUUAGAUGGAGCCCUACAGGCCCAGGCACCAACAACCCCAGUAAGCCUUACUGUUUUCUCGCUAGUUGUUCCGAAGACACAACAGUGAAAAUUUGGGAUCCUGUUCAAGGCCAACUACUCUUUUCCUUCAAAGGUCACAGCACACCUGUUGUCGGAAUAGAGUUUCGCCCGGAUGGUAACUAUUUGGCAAGCGCAUCAAAGGAUAUGUCUUUACUAGUAUGGCAUAUCAAAGAUGGGAACAUUGUGAAAUCCUGCAGCUUCUCUGAUGCUACCAUGGAUGAUCUGUCUUGGGAUAGAGAAGGAAAGCUGAUAGCAGCAAGUUCUGAUUCCAAAACUCUUGCCUUGGUUGAUGUAUCUUUCUUAUGUGAUAUGUGAAAAAUAUGCAGAGCCUUUUCAAUGUUUUUCCAGUCAAUCUUUUUCCCCGACUCUUUUCUUUUUAACUUUGAACAAAGAGAUAUUGUUAAAAUUGAUUCUAAUACCAUGUAAAAUGAAGAA